CAGUUUCAGGAGCGUUGGGGCACACUUUUCUUACGAGAAAGGAUCCACAGAUAUCAGCGAUAAAACAACUUCCGAGCAGCUUGAGUGGGUAAUUCCUGGAGGACGGGAAGCGCAGGCAACAACGGGGAGCCGUCGUUCAACCGGGAAAACGACGGAUUUAUCUCGCAAACCCCACUGACGAUGAGCUAGCGACACGAUGAGGAGGAUGAAGCAGCGCGUGCUGCUCGCCUGGCCAUGGUUGUGGCUGUGGCUGUUCGCGGCCACAGCGGGUUCCCCGUCUUCCGACGCGUUCGCAUCGACCACGUUUUCCUCGUCGGCAAGCGGCGGCGGGGGCGUCGGAUCGGUGACCAAACCGUUUUCCCAGACAAUCCCGACGUCCACGUCCGCGUCGCUCACCGAGGACUUGACGAGCCCACGCGAUCGCGAGUUUCGAUUCACCCAGACCUCGUACAAUGUCUCGAUCCCGGAGAACUCGAUCGGGAAGACGUACGUGGUUCCGGACGAGAGAAUGGGUAUAAAGCUAGCAUCGUUGGACAGUAGCCUGGACGUCAGGUUCCGUAUAGCGAGCGGCGACCGCGACAAAUUCUUCAAAGCGGAGGAGCGGACCGUCGGGGAUUUCUGUUUCCUUCUGAUUCGGACUCGAACCGGUAACGUGGACGUGUUGAAUCGCGAGCGAAAGGAUCGUUACGUGCUCGAAGUGCGCGCCACGGCGACCAGGGGGGACGGUAAGAACAGAGUGACCAUCCUGGAGGCGGACACGACGGUGGUCGUGACGAUCCUGGACACGAACGACCUGAACCCGCUCUUCUAUCCGACCGAGUACGAGGCAACCAUAACGGAGGACACGCCUCUGCACCGCAACAUACUCAGGGUAAUAGCCGAGGACGCCGAUCUCGGGAGGAACGGCGAGAUUUAUUACAGCUUCGCAGAGGAGACCGAUCAGUUCGCCGUUCACCCGGUCAGUGGGGUAAUAACGCUCACCAGGCCGCUCAGGUACUCGGAACGCCCGAUCCACGAGCUGAUGGUUCUGGCGAAGGACCGGGGGGCUCUGUUCCGCGGAGGCAGCACCAACCGGGCCAGCACCGCGAAAGUAACAAUCAAAGUGCGUCAAGUGAACCUUCAUUCUCCAGAAAUUUCCGUGCACCAUCUGCCCGACAUCGUGGAACACUCGAACGCGGACAUCUACGCGAUCGUGCAUGUGGCGGACAACGACGAAGGCGUCCACGGUCAGAUCGCGAGCUUGGACAUCGUGGGUGGCGACCCAGCGGGUCACUUCAGAGUGCGUCCAGCCGGUAGCCCGUAUUCCGGUGAAUACAACAUCGAGGUAUUGCAUCUGCUGGACCGGGAGACGGCGGUCCAGGGUUACAAUUUGACGUUGCGAGCGAUGGAUCGCGGCGUGCCGCAGAGACUCAGCUACAAGUUCGUCCCGGUGCACCUGGCGGACCUGAACGACAACGCGCCGGUGUUCAGUCGCGAGAUCUACGAGGUGAAGGUCCCGGAGACGGCUCCCAUCAACACGCCGGUGAUCAGGCUGAAGGUGACGGACGCUGACGAGGGUAAGAACGCGUUGGUGUUCCUGGAGAUCGUAGGCGGGAACGAGGGCGGCGAGUUCUACGUGAACGCGGAGACGGGGAUGCUGUACACCGCGGCGAACCUUGACGCGGAGAAGAAGGCGUUCUACACGCUGACGGUGUCGGCGAUCGAUCAGGGGAACGCGGGCAUGAGGAAGCAAUCGUCGGCCAAAGUGAAGAUCAACGUGGUGGACACGAACGACAACGAUCCCACGUUCGAGCAGACGGACAUGGAGGUAUGGAUCGACGAGAACGAGCCGGCGGGCACCCUGGUGGUGAAAAUCACCGCGAAGGAUCGUGACUCGGGCGAGAACGCUUACAUCUCGUACAGUAUCGACAAUAUCCAAAAGGUGCCGUUCGAGAUCGACCAUUUCUCCGGGAUCGUGAGGACCAAGCAGGUGCUCGAUUACGAGACCAUGAAGAGGGACUAUCUGCUGCACGUACGGGUCAGCGACUGGGGGCUGCCGUACCGUCGACAGGCGGAGAUGCAGCUGCACGUGAAAGUUCGGGACGUGAACGAUAACAGGCCGCAGUUCGAGCGGAUCGAUUGCACCGGCCACGUGCCGCGUUACGUGCCAAUCGGAUCGGAGAUCAUCACCGUGUCCGCCAUCGACUUCGACGCCGGGAACAUCAUCAGCUAUCGCAUCGUGUCGGGUAACGAGGACGGUUGCUUCGCCCUGGACUCGGCCAGCGGCGUGCUGGCGGUGGCCUGCGACCUCUCCGACAUCAAGUCCACCGAGAGGAUGGUGAACGUCACCGCGACGGACGGCACGCAUUUCGCGGACGUGAACAUGGUGCACAUGCAUCUGGUGAACGCGAAGAGGAACCUGGGCUCCCAGGGGAGGAUACUGUCGGACCAGAGCGGGGCGUUCGAGUGCCACGACACCGGUGUCGCGAGACGGCUGACGGAGGCGAUCGCCGCCGCGGAGAAGAACAACAUGCCCUCGAAGGACGACGAUUACACGCUGACGCCCAGCCGGUACGGCGAGAACGUGCACGCGCCCGAGUUCAUCGAUUUCCCCAACGAGAUCAAAGUGAACGAAUCGGCGAGGAUUGGAACGACCCUGGUCGAGAUACGCGCCAGGGACAGGGACCUGGACUACAACGGGAAGCUGGUGUAUUGCAUAUCCGGCGGCGAUCGUGACUCGGUGUUCGGCGUCGAUCCCGACACCGGCGACCUGAACGUGAUCGGUUACCUGGACAGGGAAAGGGAGAGCGAGUACUUUCUGAACAUCAGCGUGUACGAUCUGGGCAAGCCGCAGAAGUCGUCGUCGAGGAUGCUACCGAUCACGAUACUCGACGUGAACGACAACGCGCCGAAAUUCGAGAAGUCCCUGGCCAGCUUUCGGAUCUCGGAGACAGCUCUGAACGGGACCAACGUGUGGCGGGCGAACGCCACCGACGCCGAUCUCGGGGAGAACGCGCGCGUCACGUACUCCCUGGUGACCGAGACCAACGACUUCCGCGUGGAUCCCAUGACCGGGGUGCUGAGCGUUUUCGGGAGAUUGGACAGGGAGAGGCAGGAGAUCUACGAAUUGAGGAUACGGGCGCAAGAUAACGGCGGUAAAGGGCCGGACAUGCCGCCGUUGCACUCGGAGGCGUUGGUCAGAGUCACUGUGGACGACGUGAACGACAAUGCGCCGACGUUCGCGUUGUCCAGUUACACGGUGAAGAUACGGGAGGACGUGCCCGUAUGGACGGUGGUGGCGAUCGUGGACGCGACCGAUCCGGACGAAGGCGCCGGCGGUGAUAUCGAGUACUUCCUGUCGGACGCCAUCGAGAGCGAGGGCUACUUCAAAGUCGACAAAGUGUCCGGUACCAUCAGGACUACCCAGAGCCUGGACUUCGAGGAGCGUCAAGUGCACACUCUGACGAUAGUGGCUAAGGACAGAGGCGAGCCGUCCCUGACCUCCGAGACGAUGGUUAUAAUCGAAGUGGUAGACGUGAACGAGAAUCUACACGCGCCGGUGUUCGACGAUUUCGUUGUGUCCGCGAGUGUGUUCGAGAAUCAACCCGUCGGGACGCUGGUCACCACCGUGCACGCCAAGGAUGCUGACCCCCUCGGCGGUGACUCCAGGAUCGGAUACACCAUUCGUGGCGGCGACGGGAUCGGGAUCUUCUCCAUUGAUAACGAAGGUAAUAUCAGGACCAGAGCCGUGCUGGACGUGGAAUCGAAGAGAGGAUACUGGCUGACGGUAUUCGCCCAGGAUCACGGUGUGGUGCCACUGACUUCGAGUUUGCAGGUGUACGUGGAGGUGUUGGACGAGAACGACAACACCCCGUUGACCGAGGUUCCGGUCUACUAUCCGUCCGUGGCGGAAAACUCACCGGCGGGCGUGAACGUUCUGCAGAUACGGGCGUUCGAUCGCGACGUCUCUCCCCAACAAUUCACCUUUUCCAUCACCAGUGGCAAUCCGGAGGGUUAUUUUCUCAUCAACUCUACCACCGGCUUGAUCACGACCAGCGGCAGGAAACUCGAUCGAGAGAAUCAGGCGGAGCACGUUCUGGAGGUGACAGUGAAAGACAACGGACGACCGUCUCUGUUGUCGACGACCCGUGUGGUGAUCGCGGUGGCGGACAUAAACGACCACGGACCGGAGUUCGAGCAAAAAUUCUACACCGUUCAGAUCCCGGCCUCUCCUUCGAUCGACAAACCACUCUUCCAGAAAUCGAGGAACCGCUCGCGGGAGUUCGACCUCUCGAUCGAUACGUUACUAGAGAAUGGAACUUGGGAGACAUUUAGCCCCGACACCUUGUCAGGAGAUCGUAUCUUCAGGGUUCUCGCGAACGAUAAAGACAUUGGCGAUAAUGGAAAAAUCCAGUAUAGCAUCAAGGGUGGCCGAGGCAAGGGCAAGUUUAAGAUCCAUCCCACCACGGGGAUGGUGUACUCCCAACGUGGGUUCGAUGCCGGACAGGAAUACGAAAUGAUGAUAAGGGCCGCCGACAGCGGGGAACCGCAACGUAGUCAUCAAACACGGGUAUCCGUGCAAGUUGUCGAGGUUCCUAAGGAAUCCAAGAACCCGCCAGUCUUCAAGAUGAACAAUCAAAGCGUCGAGGUCACGGAGAGCGACGAGGUCGGCUUCCUCGUGGCUCUUGUGCAGGCUACGGACAAGGACGGUGACUCCUUGUGGUACGAUAUACUCGACGGCGACAAGCGAGACGAGUUCUUCAUCGGGCGCGACAACGGGAACGUGCUGCUGGCGAAGAAGCUCGACUGGGAGACGCAGAACUUCUACAAUCUCACGAUCGGCGUGACGGAUAGCGUGCACACGGUUGUGACGCAGCUGCUGGUCACGGUGAUCGAUAUCAACGAUCACAGACCGGAGUUCACGGAGGGCACGUAUCGCGUGGACAUCUCGGAGAACGUUGAGAAGGGCGAGAAGAUUCUGCAGUUGCACGGAACCGACGAGGACGAGGACAAGAGGGUGUUCUAUAGUCUGCACGCCGCCCAGAGCCAGGCGUCCCUGGAGAUCUUUCGCGUGGACUCGGUGUCGGGUUCCGUGACCUUGAACGAGGUCCUGGAUAGGGAAACGAUCGAGGAGCACGUGCUGACCGUGAUGGUCAAGGACCAAGGGACCCCCGCGAAACGAAACUACGCGAGGGUGGUGGUGACCGUGCACGAUCACAACGAUCACGCGCCGGAAUUCAUCAGCGAGAUCAUCCAAGGAAAGGUGUACGAGACGUCGCCGAUCGGGGCCGCGGUGGUCCAGGUCUGCGCCAUAGACAGAGACCGAGGGGACAACGCGAAGAUCACCUAUUCGAUCACUUCUGGCAACGUGGGCAACAUGUUCUCCAUCGAGCCCGAUCUGGGCGUGAUCCGUGUCGCGCGCGAACUGGACCUAGCGGUCUCCUCGGAAUACAUUCUGCUGGUGAAGGCCACGGAUCACGGUUCCCCGGCCCUAGCGAACACCGUGCCGGUGCACGUGAUGGUCACCAUGGCCGACAACGCUCCGCCCCGUUUCAUCCAGAAGGAGCUGUCCGCGGAGAUAUACGAGAACCAGCAACUCGGUACGUACGUGAAACACGUGGAGGCCAGAAGCACGUCCUCGUUGCAGUUCGAGAUAGUCGGCGGCAACAAGGACGACACGUUCUUCGUGAACCCCAGCACGGGCAUCAUAGUGAUCAAGAACGAGCUGGACUACGAGACGACGAAGUUCUACAAUCUGACGGUGGCCGCAACCAACAUGGCUAGCGCUAGGGCGCGGUGCAGUGUGAUCAUUCACGUGCUGGAUCGAAACGACAACGCGCCGCGGUUCCUGCAGGCUACCUACAGCGGAGAGAUCAGCGAAGGAGCGAGCAUCGGCUCCCUGGUACUCACCAACGCGAGCACGCCGCUGGUGAUCAAGGCCGAGGACGCUGAUUCCGAGCUGAACGCUUUGUUGAAUUACGAUAUCGUCGAGGAUCUACCGCGAAAGUACUUCCACAUCGACUCGAGCACCGGCGCCAUCAGGACCGUGAUGGUGCUGGAUCACGAGAGCAUACCGAAGUUCACAUUCCACGUCAAGGUCUCCGAUUUGGGAAAGCCUAAGCUCCUGUCGGAGACCACCGCCAAGGUGAUGAUCGUGGUCACGGACGUGAACGACUGUCCACCCACGUUCCUGGAGAACGACUAUAACACUACUCUGCUAUUGCCCACUUACAAAAACGUCGCUGUCGUUCAAGUGAACGCCGUGGAUCCGGAUAGUUCCGAGGGGGUCGCGCUCAGGUACGAUAUCAUCGACGGGAACAAGGGGCACACGUUCGAUAUAGACGCUCAAACCGGCGUCAUCACGGUUUAUAACCCGGAACGCAUGAAGAAAAGUUACCUCCUGCGGGUCCGUGUCUCCGACGGGAAGUACUCGAGCGUCGCCCAGGUAAAUGUGAUGGUCGAGAAGUCGGAGAACUCCGGACUGGUGUUCCAAAAGGACAUCUACGAGGGAACGAUCCCGGAAAACUCGACGCGGACCACGACCGUCGCGGUCGUGAACGUUCUCGGCAGCAUCCUCAACGAGCACAUAGUCUUCGGUAUACUGAACCCCACGGACAUGUUUGUAAUUGGAUCGACGUCGGGGGCGAUCAGAACAACGGGGAUUAGAUUCGACCGUGAAGUUUGCGACCAUUACGAGCUGAUUGUGGAAGCGAAGAGUCAGAUGCCGGACAGAGCGAAGCCCAGAGUGGCGCACGUGAUCGUCAACGUCACAGUGCUGGACAUCAACGAUAACUGCCCGAUGUUCGUCAAUCUUCCCUAUUACGCCGUCGUCUCCGUCGACGCUCAGAAGGGCGACGUCAUUACAAAGGUGCACGCGGUGGACAUGGACAGCGGCGAUAACGGAGAGGUGAGAUACGAACUGAAGAAGGGCCACGGCGAGCUGUUCAAAGUGAACCGAAAAACCGGCGAAAUAUUUCUGAAACAGAACCUGGAGGGUCACAAUCGCGAGUAUCAGCUCACGAUCGCCGCUUACGAUGGCGGUAUUACACCUUGCUCCGUCGAGGUGCCGGUGAACGUGAAGGUGAUAGAUCGUUCGAUGCCGGUGUUCGACAAGCAAUUUUACACGGACAGCGUGCUGGAAAGUAUCGAGGUGCACUCGCCUCUGGCUCUGUCCAUACAAGCUGAGUCACCGUUGAGUCGCAAGCUCAUAUACAGCAUAACCAAAGGGAACGAUUUCGAGGAAUUCGCCCUGGACUUCAAUACAGCCCCCGACAGUAACAAUGGUCCUUGUGUAAUCUAUGUGGUGGAUGAGCUGGAUUAUGAACAGAAGAAGCAGUACGAGCUGACCGUGCGAGCGACGGACAGCGUGUCCGGGGUUUAUGCGGAGGUGCUCGUUAGCAUCCUCGUGCUGGACGUGAACGACUGCCCCCCGGAAUUCACCCAGGACUCGUACAACAUUUCGGUCUCCGAGGCAGCGUCGUUCGGCACUUCUGUAUUAAAAGUCAGCACCAGGGAUAACGACACGGGUAUAAAUCAGCAAGUUCGAUACGCGAUACAAAACGACACCGAGAACAGCGCGGAUCUGUUUCACAUCGAUCCCGAGGAGGGUGUGAUAUUCUUGAAAAGAUCGUUGGAUCACGAGGCACACGAGUCGCAUCACUUCACGGUGAUCGCCACCGACCGCGGAGUACCGAGCAUCUCGAGCACCGCUCACGUUUGGGUGACUGUCAUCGACAUGAACGACAACCCACCCAAGUUCGAGCAGCCGUCCUACAUGUGUUCGCUGUCCGAGCACGCGGAACGGGGUCAAUUCGUGACGGUGGUGUCUGCCAGCGAUCCAGAUUACGUCGACGAGAAGCUUACGUACACCAUCGUGGGUGGUAACGAGCAGCAAACGUACAAUAUCGACCAAUCGACCGGCAUCAUUUCCCUGAUCAAUAUGCAGAACUUUGGCGAGAAGAAGCUCAGCAUGCUUAACGUAUCCGUCACCGACAACGUCUACACGAGCUUCACCCGCGUGAAGAUCGAAAUACUGCCCGCCAACAGGCACAAUCCCAAGUUCCCGAACCCGUUGGUAGAGGUCACCGUUUUGGAGAAUCAGCUGCCCGGACGAUUGGUCACCAGCGUGAUAGCGUCCGACGAGGACUUUGGCGACUAUGGCACGAUCGUAUACACCAUAGCGUCCGAUCUGAUGAAGGAGUACUUCGACAUAAACAGGAUGACCGGCGAAAUCGUGACGAGGAAAAAGUUGGAUCGCGAGGAACAGAAACUGUUCGAGCUGCCGGUGAUGGCCACCGAUGGGGGCGGCAGAUCGGGAUUCGUGAUGGUCAGGGUCAAGGUUGGAGAUGAGAACGAUAACUCGCCCAUGUUUCUCUUGAGGGAGUACAAGGCUAGCAUACAUGGGAACCUGACGCUGAACACACCGUUCCUGAAGGUCAAGGCUCAGGAUGCUGACGAGGACGACGCCGCCAGAAUCGUUUACUCGAUUUACGAACCCCAGACUUCCGAAACGAAAUCGCUUUUUGGUAUAAAUCCGAACACCGGGGCUAUGUUCCUGCAGAAGAACGCGGUACCUUGGGAAAAUCAACUUUUCGAGUUGUUCAUCCGCGCGGAGGACAAAGGCUCGACGACUCAUCACGCAGACGUGCCUCUCAAUAUCUACAUAAUGGGUCCACAAGACAUUCCUCCGCUUUUCGAGCGAAAAGAAGAUAAGUUCUUUAUAUCCGAAGCAUCCCCGGUCGGCACUCCGAUAACAAGACUAAAAACCGUGACCAAUAGUACGGUCACUUACAGAAUAGUUUCCGGGGAUGAAGAUUCGCCGCUUUUCACGAUCGAUUCUCACGGCCAGAUCACUCUGGCCAAACAGCUGGAUCGAGAAUUGAAAGAUAACCAUUUGAUCGGAGUUCUUGCCGAAACGGAUUCGAGUCCUCCACUGACGGCGCUCGCCAAGAUAUCGCUACAAGUGUUGGACGAAAACGACCACGCUCCAAAAUUCGAAAGCAACCCGUACAGCAUCAGUUUGGCUGAGAACAUAGACGAAGGAACGUCCAUCUUGAAGAUAAUAGCGCACGACGAAGAUUUAGGAAGCAACGGGGAGGUUCGUUACUCGUUUGGGUCCGAUAUAGGCGAAUUGGCUAACGUCUUCACGGUGGACGCUUACACGGGGUGGAUAUCGACGUUGGUUCAGCUGGACAAAGAAAAGCAACCGGAAUACAAGUUUCAGGUGGUUGCAACAGAUAACGGAAACCCGAAACACUUUGCGAGGACUUCCGUCCACGUUAAGCUGAAGGAUUACAACGAUAACGCCCCGGCGUUCGUGGACGAUCGUUACGAGGCCACGGUAAACGAAGACGCUCUGCCAGGAACUGUGGUAGUCAAGCUGAUCACAGUCGACAAAGAUUCGGACGUUAACACUCCAAUAGAGUUCUAUAUAACGUCCGGCGACUCGAGAUCGCAAUUUCAGAUUAGAUCGACGGGCGAGGUGUACGUGGCGAAGUCUCUAGACCGGGAGACCAUCGAUCGUUACGAACUCGAAAUUGUCGGCACCGAUGGCAAAUACGUCUUCAAGACAAAAGUGACGGUUCAAGUUCUGGAUGUGAACGACAAUCCGCCGUAUUGUCUCAGGUAUCGUUACAGAGAGAUCCUCUCCGAAGGAUCGCAUCCUGGCACGUACGUGCUGACUGUCCUCGCCACGGAUUACGACGAUGAACCGAACGCCAAAUUGCGUUUCUAUUUAACGGGCGAUAACAACGACAAAUUCUUUCUGGACAAGGAGACCGGCGUCCUGAAGACCAUCGGCCAACUAGAUCGAGAGACCCAAGCAAGAUACUCGCUCACCGCCCACGUACAGGACAGAGACAAGCCAUCUUGGGAAUGUUCCUCUCAGCUAGAAAUACUGAUUUCAGAUCUGAACGAUAACGCACCGAAAUUCACGAUGCAGACCUACAGCGCCACGCUGCCCGAAGACGUGGAAGUCGGUACCCUGGUGACCAAGGUCCACGCCACCGACAACGACAUCGGGAUUAAUCGCAAGAUCAGAUACGAGUUCAUCGAUUCCGCGGAUGGGCACUUCCUCAUUGCGGCGGACAGCGGUAUCGUCACGCUCGGCAAACCGCUGGACAGAGAAACGAAAGCUAUGUACAACGUCACCAUACAGGCCCUGGACCAGGGUACGCCGCAGCUGACCAGCGUGACAUCGCUGGUCGUCAACGUGCAAGAUAUUAACGACAAUCCCCCGGAGUUUGCCUCCAAGGUCCACUUCUCCAAAGUGCCCGAGAUAUAUGCGGUCGGUACGGAAGUGGCGAGGGUCCUCGCCACAUCCAAAGACACCGGCGUCAACGCGGACGUUUACUACUCGAUCGUGGGUGGAAACGAGCACAAAAAGUUUCAGAUAGACGCGCGCACCGGCGUCAUCACCAUCGCGGAACAGCUGGACUACGAGCGUGCGCGCGACUACUUUCUGACUAUUCAAGCCGUCGACGGAGGCAUUCCGCCGUUGAGUAAUCAUGCUACAGUCAACAUCACUGUGAUCGAUAGCAACGAUAACGCCCCCGUCUUCAGCGAAGUUUCGUACAGGACUUCCGUGAGGGAGGACGCAAAGAUCGGCGAGAAAGUUACACAGAUAUUCGCGAACGACAUGGACAGCGAGGAAAACGGAAACGUGUCUUACUUCAUCGAGCGUGGCGACAGGCAAAAGCAAUUCUCGAUCGAUCAAAAAACGGGACAAGUAACCGUGGCGGCGCCAUUGGACCGGGAAGAAAUCUCCAACUACGUGCUGGAAGUUCACGCCCGCGACAGUGGUAUACCGAUGCUCUCUAGCUUCGUGAUGGUAAACAUCGAGAUUUUAGAUGCAAAUGACAACCCACCACUGUUCUCCCUUUCGAAUUAUACCGCCGUGGUGCAAGAGGACAAGCCCUUGGGCCAUACCGUGCUGCAGUUCGUCGUUACAGAUGCAGAUAUCGAACCGAACGCCGAUCCGUACACGUUCGACUUCCGUUCUGGGAACGAGGGCGACGCCUUUAGGUUGGAGCAAGACGGCACGCUACGAACGGCGACCAAGUUCAACAACAGAGUUAAAGACAAAUACGUGUUGCACAUACGCGUUUUCGACAACGGCAGUCCGCCUCUAUAUUCCGACUCGUGGGUCGUGAUCAAAGUCAUCGAAGAAUCCCAGUAUCCGCCGGUGGUCACGCCAUUAGAAGUGAUCGUAAAUUCUUACAUGGACGAGUAUCCAGGAGGUAUCAUAGGAAAGGUUCACGCGACCGAUCAAGAUCAAUACGACACUCUCACGUACAACCUGAUACCAUCGUCUCCGAUACCGAACGAACUGUUCCAAAUAGACAAAAUCGACGGCACCCUGGUUGCUCUCCCGCGAUUGGACGUCGGCGAGUACAGGGUGAACAUCAGCGUAACGGACGGGAAAUUUCAUUCCACUUCCGUUGUGAAGGUGAACGUUGAUCUCGUGAGCGAGAAGAUGCUAGAGAACUCCGUGAUCAUUCGAUUCAGAGAAGUGAGUCCCGAGGACUUCAUACUGAGCCAUCGCAAAGGAUUCGUCAGGACAGUGCGCAACGCGAUGAACUGCAGACUGAAGGACAUAAUCGUUAUCAGCGUUCAGCCGUCUUCGGACGAGGCGAAUUUGAUAAAGUCUCGAGCUAUUCGCCAGGCCGUGCACAACGACUUGGAUCUAUUGUUCGCGGUGAAAAAGAGCGGCGGUGGCGCGGGAUCCGCGGGAUUCUACGCUUCUGAGAGUAUCCGGGAGGCGCUGAACCAGCACAUCGAGGAACUAGAAGAGUCCACGAAACUGGUGGUCGAAGAAAUCGUUAGAUUUAAAUGCAACAAAGGCUACUGCGUGUACGGAGACUGUCAGGACAAGAUCGUUCUCGAUCUCGAGCAAAUCACGCCCGUGGCCACCGACGUGAUGAGCUUCGUAUCGCCGCGACACAAGCACAAAAUGGAAUGUAACUGCAAAGAGGGCUACGCUGGCAAUCAUUGCGAGAUGGUUGUCAACGAGUGCGCCAGGGAUCCCUGUCCAUUGUUCAAAGUGUGCGUACCAGACUCCUCCGUGCAGGGCUACUCUUGCCAAUGCCCCGAAGGCUUCGCCGGGCAGACCUGUGACAUUGACAUCUCCAAGUGCCACGACGAAUCCUGUUACAUACCGCGAAAUCCGAUAUCCUUCAGCGGAAAGAGCUACGCUCGCUACAGGAUCGACAAAACCCUCAUCCGGCAAAUAAUCGAGGACCGUCUGAGUUUAUCUUUGAGGAUCAGGACGGUGCAGCUGACUGGAAACUUGAUGUACGCGGCCGGCAAAGUCGACUACAACAUCCUGGAAGUGGUGAACGGGGUUGUGCAGUACAAAUUCGAUCUGGGUAGCGGAGAGGGCUUGGUCCGCGUGAGCAGCGUGUACGUGAGCGACGGACAAUGGCACGAGAUCCAAUUGGAACGGGAAAGCAACAGCGCCAGGUUGACCGUAGACGGAAAACACGUAGCUCAUGGCUCGGCGCCGGGCAUCAACGACAUUCUGAAUCUUCAAUCGGACGAUCUCUACUUGGGCGCCGAGGUGAGGCAACAUCCGUCGAUUCUGGGCUUCGAGGACGUUCAACGGGGCUUCAUCGGAUGCAUGGACGACGUCAGGAUCGCCAGAGUGUCUGUGCCUUUGCACAUGAGCGGCGCCAGUAGCGUGGCUGUCUUGAAGCGUUUUGCGAAUGUCGAGUUCAGCUGCGACGCCACCAUCGUGUUGAUACCUCCAGGCAUCUGUGGCUCGCAGCCCUGUCAGAAUGGUGGCACGUGUAAGGAUUCCGGCGGCGAUACUUACGAAUGUCAAUGUCACAGCAGAUUCGCGGGUCUGGCUUGCGAGAUCGAUUCCGAUCCGUGUGCCUCUUCCCCUUGUCUGUAUGGUGGUCGUUGCAAGAUCGUGCCGGAAGGAAGCGACUACACCUGCGAGUGCGUCGGUCCCAGCCUCAGUGGCAAACGCUGCGAGUUCGGAAGAUACUGCAGCCCGAACCCUUGCAUCCACGGUGGCGUCUGCGAGGAAGGUAACAACGGUCCGAUAUGCAAAUGUCAGGGAUUCACGGGGGAGCGUUGCGAGACCGAUGUGAACGAAUGCGAUGCAAACCCGUGCACCAACGGGGGCACCUGCGUAAACGAAAUCGGGACGUACAGAUGCAUCUGUCCGCCGAACAUGACCGGUUUGAACUGCGGGAACCCUGCGUACUCGACACCGAUCAUAUCGAGUCACUUCAACAUCACGUGGGAACAGCUAAUGUGGAUAGGCGUCGCGGUGGUGUUGAACCUUUUCCUGAUAAUCGUGUUCUUCGCGUAUCGACGGAUCAGAAUGAAGCGCACCAGGGCGCGAGCGAACAACAUCAACAACGAGACCAGGAAACAGAUCGUCCUGAACUCGGCCAGGCCGCACGAGCACGAAUUCAAGCGCAGCUCGAAGCUGAGCAACUUGGAAGUAAUACAGAGAGAACCUCCCCAAUGCCCUCCCAGACCCGCAUCCUACACACCCAGCUCGAACAACGAGCCAGCCGCGUACAGUAACUCGGCGGCAGUGGCUCUGAAUAAUCUGGACACUCUGCGCAGCUACGGUAGCGCUGGCGACGAGCUGGAAAAUUUCCCGCCAGAUUAUUUGAGAAACCUAAACCGCAGCACUCCCGUGCCCCCUCCAUCCUUAACUCUCGCUAACCCGGUCGGCGGAAACGCUACAGGCAGCGACACGGAUAGCCUCCAUAAGCCGACCUGGCAAGAGCAGAUGCAACUAGCUUCCUUCAUCACGGACACGACCAAGAUCAAGAACGACCUGAAACGAGCGAGCCCAGUGGUACCAGAGCUGACCACUGGAGGACUUCUACUAAAUUCUUCUCGACGCGUGCCUCAUGGAGGUGGGACCUCCGUUGCCUCCAUGAUGUCCAUCGAGGAUGAUCCUCGUAUUGUCGGCGGGUAUCACUGGGACUGUUCAGACUGGGUCAGGCCAAGUCAAAACCCCCUACCUAACAUCACGGAGGUACCUGGAAGCGAAGUUCCAGACUCGUCCAGCUUCCACAGCAAUGAGAGUAACGAAUCAAACACUCCUCAGUUACCGUCAGUGCACGGCUCUGUAGAUCCGGCGAGAGACAUCGAAACAUUGAACGAGGAUCAAGAAUCAGAAUACGUCGGUGACUCUGAAUGCGGGACCGAGUUCUCGGAACAGUACCAUUGCACGGAAACGCAACGGUUGAACCCUCUCGAUAGCGGCGGCGAAGGGGAAUACAAAUACAAGGGUUCCGAGAGUUAUCUACGUCAUCCGAACUCUUACCUGCCGCAUUACAAUAUUCACACGGACACGGAGAACGAAACGAACCCGUUAAACGGACGUCUUAGUACGCUAGAAUCCGACGAGGAGGAAGACGAUGUAGUGCCUUAUGGUUUCCCAAGCACCCGGCGCAACCGAUGCCACAAGGGUGACGACGUCGACGAGAUCGGUUCGGUGAUCACCACGCUGGAGGAAAGGAAUUCGUUAUUGGGCGGUGCCACGAGCAACAGCGACUUAUCCACCAAUCUAUGCGAGAUUGACGAUUCGGAGUACGAGAUCGCCGAUCAGAAGAGCAACGGCCGCCUGUGGUUGUCGGGGAACGGUAUCACGCAAACCUCGGUGUGACGAAUAGUGGUGGCACCGUUUAUAAACAGACUGUACGUGAUCGUGUUUUUCUGUGCUUCUUGAGUAAGAGAUCGGGUGCGAAUGUUUGUGAAUAUACGACAAUUUUGUACAUACAUAUUAUCAGCAUAGGUAGAGAGAAGAAAAGAGUGUACAGAGGCAGCUACGGAAGAAACUUGGCGGACGAGCCGACAGUAUGGUAUUCGCAUACUGAGCCAACGAUGUACCUUGCUCCGCGCAGGUGCAUCGUGCCUCAAAUCUCCUAUGUAGGUAGAGCUUAGGUACUAACGUACUUAAUUCUGCGAUCCUUGAAGAAAUUAUAUGGAGCGACGAGGACGUAAUUUUUUGGGGAACGAUAAAUAAUUACCAGGUUCUUUUAACGAUUGGACACGAGUUCACGGGUUCCACGCGAAUUGUUUAAUUGAAAAAUUUUAUUGUAUUCGACGAUUCUUACGCCGUGGACCAUCAAGCGUCUUGAUAAUUUGUCGUAUCGCGAAACAUUAAUCUUUCUUUAUCUACCAAAGGGGAUGAGGUUUAGUAAAAAGAAAAAAAAGAUGGAUAUAUACAUAUAUAUAUUAUGGCAACUAUGCGCAACUAUUACAGGUAAGAAGUUAUCUUGGUUAAGGAUAAAAUUCGUUACUUGGGAGAAGUAAAUUUAAUCACGACCGCGUCGUCAGACCAAUGACUAUUAUUUAAUGACCUAUCGUUUAAACUUAAAUGUUAUCCGCAACUAUAAUUCCAGUGCAAACAAAAAAAAAAAAAAAUGGUACAUAGGUACAUUUAUGUAUUUUUACUAUUUGCUAACCGACUUUAUUUUGGUUACGUACGAGAUGAACCGACGGACUACUUAAUAAUAUAAAUAUAAGUACAGCGUAGUCUAGCAAGUAAACGAAUUGACUCUAGUGAAAAAAAAACAGUGCUCUGCUUCUAGGGCGAAUAUAUGUGCAUGACUGCUGGCGUUUACUGCAGCGAAGCACAAUAGUUAAAAAGAUAUGAAAUAUUUUUACUGUGAUGAUAAUAAUGUUUAUACGAUGAUCAAAUACUAUGACUUGUAUGAUAACGAUUGUAAUAUUAACUAUCCGACGUUUUAUAAAAGAAAAGAAAUGAAGAAAAAGCGGAGUACAUCCCUCCUCCGCCAUGUACGUAAGCUAAGUCAACGUUCCGUUCGUUUAAACUUCUUUUUUUCUGUUUUAAUACGUUUUUUUUUUUAUUCACUUUCGUUUACUUUAAAUUUCUUCUUCCAUCAGUCACCAUCAUGUUCGACGAACAUAACUGCAUACAUGGUGCUACUACUUACAUCACGCUUUAACAUUUUAUCUACUCUUUAAUAAGACUGCUCAGCGAUGCGAAAUAUACGCAGCUCAUUAACGCUCUUUACCAUGAAUUACUCAUAGUUCUCACGCUAUUAAUUUCAUUGUCAGAAUCUGUCCACGUAAUUAUAACGAAACAUUUUUUAAACUGCCAACUAACUCUUAAUGCCAUACAAACAAUGCAUUUCCCUUGAUUGAUUUUGUGUAGUUGAGCGCGACACACAAUGGAUCAAGAAACUGUUAUUUCCGUGCCUAAUGUCUUUUGAAACACUGUGUACUUCCAUGCGAGAUACAUUUUAGUUGAGCAAAUAUCUAGGCGGCAGCUUAAUCGGGUGAAGUGUACACGUUUUUUUUUAUAUAUAUACAUGUACGUAGAAGUUUCCUGUCAAAUUCACUUUUUAUGUUCCUGUUCUGUAAAGGACGCUAGCCAUCUUACUCUAUAUUUAGUGGGAUAAAUGAGUAAACCACGUUAAUAAUAAUGCGAAACAGGGUGACUUCUCUUUUGCGUUGACCAAGAGAAAAAUAAAUUGUCUCGUUCUUGCGUAAGUUCGAAACAGCUGUGCUUCCCGCCACUGAACUUUCAACGCAACACUUACACGGAUACAAUUGAACUUAGAUAAUUUAUUCUAUAUUAGAAUGAAAUAAGAAUAUUGUACAGUUUUAACUUAACAAAUUGUAUCGGAAUCAACAUCAACGCGCAAUGAAAGUUUCAGCACAUGACGAAGCGCAGCAAGUUCUUAACUGUUAAGAUUAAUUUUAUUUUUUACGAAUCAAUAAAGAACACGUAUUGGUUAAAGAAGACUGUAAAGUGACGCGGAUGAUUGAAACGAUCGUACGUUCCCAAAUAUUGUACCAAUCAGUUUGUAAUCACGCGGCGAUCGUAAAGUAUUUGGUUGUAAAGAUAUGAUAGAGAACACGCAAUAUUUUUUAGAGCUUCUGAUCGAUUAGCAAUAUUAAGUUUUUUUUUUUUCAUGAAACGUUCUCGUAAGAGUAAUAUUUAAUGAUUUAAUAUGAUUAACAAUUCAAGCAAUCGGAAUUGAUCGAUGAAACAUAAUACUUCUUUUGUGUGCGUUUACUUUUUUAUUUUCCGAACUACUUAUUAUUGACAUUUUGUACUUGAUUAUAAUUUACAAACUAAUAAAUAGUUCCGUUUACUUCUCACGUUAUCACGAACUUGCCAUAAUUGUACAAUUGUGAAGAAGUAGAAAAUGAAUUAACACGAGAAAAAAAAAAAUAUGUGGGUACAACUUCCAAAUUUACCGUAACACUUAGC